AUGGAAAUUCAGAGAGAACUAAAAUACCAGUGUUUUUCUCUACUUCACUUGCCAUCCGUUGCCAUGAGGCACGUUUUACAAUGCAUGGAUUCUACGGAUUUGUUGAGAACCGCGUUCGUUUCCAAACGAAUGGGACGUUACACGAAACUAGCGAACGGUAGAAUCAAACUAAUUAAAAUUGAGUUCACAAACAAUCGAUCGACUAUCAAUUUGCUUGAUUUUGGAUGUUUAGUCGAGUGUUAUAAAGAUAAAGACAUUAUGCGUGAAAAGAAAAACGAGAACGAUAGAAAUUAUUCUUUGAUGCCAUGGAUAAACAUUCGAAAUGGUUCAAUUCUGGAAAACACUGCUAAGCUAUCUUACGUAAUUCGAAACACAUUUGAAUGCAGCAAUAUUGAUUUAGUUAUUGCUGAAGACGUUCUACCGAAGAAAACAGAAGAAAUAUUAGAAAUGUUCCAACAGUAUCGAGAACUGACUUAUAAACCCAGAAGCAUCACCACAACUGCUUUAAAUAAAAUCAUGGAUUCUGCAAACCUUCAACACUUCCUGAACAUAGCGGCUGAAAUUCCAAAGGAUUUUAAUCACAAAAAUAAAUUUAAAUUCGACAACGCCCAGUAUCAAGAUGCAACUUGGAUUAAACUCGAGGACAUUUUGAAUAUGGAGAAUGUGCGUGGAGUCCAGUUAGUCAGAAACAACUUCACUCAAAGUCAGGUCAACACAUUGCUUAAACGCUGGUUGGCGAAUGACAUUGACAUGUUUUAUUGGUUUAUAUUGGAACUAAAUGAUGGAAUUGAAAUCACUGAAGUUCUCGAUGAACUACUGACGUUCAAGUUUAGAAGAGAGGCGAUGACAAUAGACUUCACACUGGCAAAAACCACUUCAAGCUUCCGGGAAAGACAAAUUCUAGUCAUAUGUCGAUUAGAAAGAUACAUGGUUCUGACAGGGUGGAGAACCGAUAAAGUGAUCACUGACUGUGGGGAAGAUAUUUACGAAAGGGAUGAUAUUUACGAUAAUGCGUACAAUAUUCUAAAAUUAUUGAAAAGAAAACAAGAAAUUGACACUGAAUUGGAGAAAAACGAUCUGGAGUUGGCAACGAGAAGACGUUUGGUGGAAGACGUGAAGAAAUUGGUGGCCGAGUUGGAAGAGAUGCAUGUGAUAUUUGAAAAUGGGCAGGCUUUUGUUAUCUGA